CCAGCAGGCGCUCGGCUCUCGCCGCGCUCCGCCCCCUGCUCCUGGCUCCCGUACCCUGGACGGGCAACGCCGGGUAAUCCGAAGCGCGAGAAUUAAGGGGGUGGGAAGGUGUGAGCCACAAACCAGAGGAGGGCGGGAAGGAGGAGGAGGCCCCGGGGGUGGUCUGGGGGACAGGGGGUCCCGCUGGCAGAGGACCGACGGGCGGGCUGACUGACGGCGGCGGCCUCCGGUCCGGACGCGCGGAGCCGAGCGGGGCGGCGCGGCGAGCAGAGCCAUGGCCUCCGGUGCGUAUAACCCAUACAUAGAGAUAACUGAACAACCCAGGCAGAGGGGAAUGCGUUUUAGGUACAAAUGUGAAGGGCGAUCAGCAGGCAGCAUUCCAGGGGAGCACAGCACAGACAACAACCGAACAUACCCUUCUAUUCAGAUUAUGAACUAUUAUGGAAAAGGAAAAGUGAGAAUUACAUUAGUAACAAAGAAUGAGCCAUACAAACCUCAUCCUCAUGAUUUAGUAGGAAAAGACUGCAGAGAUGGCUACUAUGAAGCAGAAUUUGGACAAGAACGCAGACCUUUAUUUUUUCAAAACUUGGGUAUUCGAUGUGUAAAGAAAAAAGAAGUAAAAGAAGCUAUUAUUUCAAGAAUAAGGGCGGGAAUCAAUCCUUUCGAAGUCCCUGAACCACAGCUACUUGACACUGAAGAUUGUGACCUCAAUGUAGUAAGAUUAUGUUUUCAAGUUUUCCUCUAUGAUGAACAUGGUAAUUUGACAACUACUCUACCACCUGUUGUUUCUAACCCAAUUUAUGACAAUCGUGCUCCUAAUACUGCAGAAUUAAGGAUUUGUCGUGUAAACAAGAACUGUGGAAGUGUCAGAGGAGGAGAUGAAAUAUUUCUACUCUGUGACAAAGUUCAGAAAGAUGACAUAGAAGUUCGGUUUGCAUUGAAUGACUGGGAAGCAAAAGGUAUCUUUUCACAAGCUGAUGUGCACCGUCAAGUAGCCAUUGUUUUCAAGACUCCACCAUACUGCAAAGCUAUAACAGAGCCAGUAACAGUAAAAAUGCAGUUGCGGAGACCUUCUGACCAGGAAGUUAGUGAAUCUAUGGACUUUAGAUAUCUACCGGAUGAAAAAGAUGCUUAUGGCAACAAAGCAAAGAAACAAAAAACAACUUUACUUUUCCAGAAACUAUGGCAGGAUUGUGCAGUUAAUUUUCCUGAAAGACCUAGACCCGGUCCCUUAGGAUCAACUGGAGAAGGAAGAUUCAUCAAGAAAGAAUCAAAUUUGUUUUCUCCUGGUGCAGUUUUGACAGAAAUGUCCAGGCCUUCAGGAGUUUCAAGUCAAGCAGAACCCUACUAUUCCUCUUCUGUGUCCAUCUCAGGUACAUUGUCCCAUCAUGCUCCAGCCAUACCCUUGGGGGUACCUCAGACUUCGUCAAGCUGGUCUUCGGCAGCCCACCCCACCUCAUGCCCAGUCAGUGCAAAUCCACUGAGCAGUUUUUCAACAGGGACAUUUUCCUCUAAUUCACAGGGUAUCUCACCAUUUCUGGAAAUGCAUGUCGUGAGUGAUUUGAAUGCUUCUAAUGCUUGCAUUUUUAACAGUACUAAUGACAUAGGCAGAAUAGAAGCGUCUUCCAUGUCACCGGCUGCCUUAUAUGGUAUUUCUGAUGCCAACAUGCUGCCUAAUUGCCCUGUGAAUAUGCUAACAUCCAGUAAUGAUAGCAUGAGGGACACCGAUAAUUCGAGACUUAUGAGUGUGGAUCUUGAAAACCCCUCAUGUAAUUCAAUGUUAGACCCAAGUGACUUGAGACAGCUCCAUCAAAUGUCCUCUUCCAAUAUGGCAGCAAGCACCAGUUCCAGUACUACUGCUUUCAAUUCACAAUCAGAUGCAUUUGAAGGAUCUGACUUCAUUUGUGCAGGUAACGGCAUGAUGAAUGAGUCAGGACCGUCAAAUGGUACUAGUCCAAACAGUCAUGGUUUUGUUCAAAGCAGUCAGUAUUCAGGUAUUGACACUAUGCAGAAUGAGCAAUGGAACAACUUACCUGCAUUUGAAUUUUAAGUUAACUUGUAAUAUUUAAAUGGCGAUUCAAGAUUUAAAUCCUUUGAAAUGUUUGUAACCAUUUAUUACCUAUAUAGAUACAGCAUUUUAUAUUUCUCUGAGAAUUUACACAGGUUUUUUUUGUGGGGGAGGGGUGGGGUAGUUGAGCGGUGAUAGUCCAAAAACUUUAUCUGGGAGAACUGUAAAACCUUGAGUAUGUAGUGGAUUUCUCUACCAGGAAGUCUUGGCUCUGGAGCUCCUCAUUUAGCUGGCAGAGAGUUUGUCAGGAUAUAAUAAAUGACAAAUGCUCAGAGCUGAAGCCACCACUGAGAGGGAUGAACUCAUAUCCCAACUUCCAGAAGAGCUGGAAAAAGUCCAGUAUUUACAGAAGACAUUUGCUUCAAAAACAGAUAAAUGCACACAAACUGAACUUCUGGGCUGUGAUAACCUGUGGGACUCUACAUGCACCAAUUUAACCUAGUAUGUAUUUCAGCCUAGGUUAAAUCAUUGUUUGACCGUAGACGUGUAUAAUGAAUCUGUGACAUGUUAAAUAUUGAAAAAAUAUCAAUUUUUCCAUUGGGGAAAAAAACAACUUUGAAUAUGUAGAAUACAAAGUUGGAAACUGCUGGAAAAGGAUAAUUCCAAAGUAGAAAUUUAAAAGGGUUUUACAGUUUUUUUCCUUUGAAACAUGGGGCCAGACUAUGUGUGCGGUGGGGAUACUGUCUUUAGAUUCCCACCACAUUUCCCAGAACAGUGAAGAGAACAGUAGAGCACAGCUCUAGUUUUUACAAUUAUGUUUUUUAUAUUUCUUUUGUAAUGUAUUAUUGUAUUCUUAAAUGAAUUAACUGAUAUUUGCUUUUAAGCAAAUUUAAGGUAAAACCUGUAAUGGCUAUGUCAUUGGAAAAAUAAAUUCCUUAUUAUUUUUGAGACCUAUGGCCAAGGUGACCCCUAAGGGGUUUUCCGAGGCUUCCUGAAGUUUCUUAGAUUUAUAUGUAAAUCAGAAUUUCUUUAAAAUGCUAAAUUAAACAAUAUGCUUCAAGGUA